AUGUUCCUUGAUCUUCCUUUUUCUGUGUUUUACGGUUAAAGGGUGUUUGGUUCUGUUUGCAAAGUUGAAGUCUUUGUUGCUCGUACUGAAGAUUUUCAUCUAAAUAUGGUACUGUUUAUUCUUUCAGUUUGGGGGAAGUUAACCGGUUGAGUUUUAUAUGAAAUGGGUAUAUCUGUUGUAGCCAUGAAGUUGCGCCAUGUUGCAAUUAGAAGGCUAUCAGUUGUUGGCAUGUUCGUUGCAGUGAUAGUUGUUUUCCAAUGUUGUUGGACAACUUAUUAUUCUGUGUUGGAUGCUGGUGGGAGCUCAGUGGCUUUGCCAAUUGAAGUUUCCAUUUCUGGAACUUCAGAAAAGAAGGGUGUGUUUAGAUCCACAUCAGCAACCAAUGUUAUGCUUAAUGCUACUUUUGUCUCUCAUUCAAAGGAAUAUGAUUCUGAGAAAGAAGCUGAUUUGGACCAUGAAUUGGAAUCUGAUGGGGGCAGAAAUUCAAGAGAGGGACACAUUCCCAAUAAUAAGGGUUUUAAAGUGGGAAAUCAUAAGGAUGCAAUUUACAGUUUCACUCAGAAAAGACCCAAGUAUGCUGUUUUGAGCGCAUCUGAUAUGUUGCUUGCUGUAAAAAAACCUUCAAAUGAGAGUAGAAUACAAAGUGUGGAAAUGGAAUCUCAAAAUGAGAAACCACAAGUGUUGAAAUCUCCUUUGUCCAUGUCGAAAAGUAAACCUAAGAUGGGUACUUCAUCAACGAGGAGUAAGUUGGUGUGGCCAACUUCAAUAACACAGAUGAACUCUUUGAUGCUUCAGAGCUUUAAUAGUUCUGCUUCUAUGAGGCCAAGGUGGUCUUCUCGACGGGACAGGGAACUCUUAUCUGCAAAACUAGAGAUUGAAAAUGCCCAUGCCAUAUCAAAUUCUUCUGGACUUUACGCUCCUAUUUUCCGGGAUGUUUCCAAGUUUUCAAGGAGUUAUGAACUGAUGGAGCGCAAGCUCAAAGUUUUUAUCUAUAGAGAAGGAGCAAAACCAAUAUUCCAUCAACCAAAGAUGAGAGGAAUUUAUGCCUCAGAGGGGUGGUUUAUGAAAUUGAUGGAAGGAAAUAAAAGGUUCAUUGUGAAGGAUCCCCGAAAAGCUCAUUUGUUUUACCUACCAUUCAGUUCACAAAUGCUAAGGGUUACUCUUUCUAACCCAAAGCAAAUGGAGCAACACCUUGAGAAAUAUGUGGAGCUAAUUGCAGGAAGAUAUCGUUUCUGGAACAGAACUGAUGGAGCAGAUCAUUUUCUUGUUGCUUGUCAUGAUUGGGCCUCCCGAAUCACAAGGCAACCAAUGAAAGGUUGUAUUAGGUCUCUUUGCAAUUCUAAUGUUGCUAAAGGCUUCCAAAUAGGGAAGGACACUACUCUACCUGUCACAUAUAUACACUCUGUGAUGGAUCCACUCAAAGAAUGUGCAGGGAAACCUCCCUCAGAAAGGUCUGCUCUGGCCUUUUUUGCAGGAAGCAUGCAUGGUUAUCUCCGUCCUAUCCUGCUAAAACACUGGGCGAAUAAAGAACCUGACAUGAAAAUAUUUGGUCCAAUGCCACGUGAUUUGGAAGGUAAAAAGAUGUAUAUGGAAUAUAUGAAUAGCAGCAAGUAUUGCAUAUGUGCUAGAGGCUAUGAGGUUCACACCCCAAGAAUAAUUGAGGCCAUUUUUUCUGGGUGUGUGCCAGUUAUCAUAUCAGAUAAUUAUGUGCCUCCUUUAUUUGAGGUAUUGAAGUGGGAGGCAUUUUCCCUGUUUGUUCGUGAAAGGGAUGUCCCAAGUCUCAGAGACAUACUUCUCUCAAUCCCAGAAGAGAAGUACCUGGCACUGCAUUUGGGAGUAAAGAAGGUUCAGCAGCACUUCCUGUGGCACAAAGUUCCUGUUAAGUAUGACUUGUUUCAUAUGAUUCUUCACGCAAUAUGGAAGAAUAGGCUUUCUCAGAUUAGACCCAGGUGAUGAUAUCAUUGAUGUGAACAAGAUAGUGUUGUUAGGGUGGGAAGAAAGUUAGUAUAUGUCAGCGUGAAAUACUACCAAAAUGAUAGACUAAGCAACUUUGAUAGUAAAAAGUUAUUUCUCAAGCUUUUAAUAUGUUGGAAGGCUUAUAAAUCCAAGCUGCACUACGAUUGCCCGGUUGAACUUUACCCUCUCUUUAAUCUCUUGGGCUAAUAUCAUUUUUGGUUACUGUAAAUGGUCUUUUGGGCUGUUGUAUAAAUAAAAUUCUUCCGAAGCCAUUUGAGGUUUACCUUUCUUGUCCAUGUUUCUAGAAUGCAUGAUGAAACAAAUUUUCCAAA